GGUCUAUUGAAACAGAUUACUUAAAUGGAAUAGAGUAUAGUUAAGGCGGGUCGUCUUUAAAACGUUGUAUCCGGUUUCAGUUGGGAAAACCGACAGUUACUUUUGCUUUUGCUAUCGUUUUAUUUAAAAAGUAUGGGAGAGAGGCAUAAGGUUAAAGUUGAUCCCCUUAGGGAUGUAAGUUUUUCACAGGACUCAGUCAAAAAUAAAUUUGCAAUGGGGAUACUAAAAGACAAAGAGAUAGGAGCCGUACUGGAUGCAAUAAUUGAAGGCAAAAAGGAAUAUCUAGACUACAUUUUAAAGAACAUGGAAGAAGCUGAGUACAAAGAACCAAACAAGUACUAUGCUAGAAACAACAGAAGCCUCUGGGUUUUGAAACAGCUUUCCUUGAAUGAUUACUCAAAGGUAUUUGAGAUUUGGCGAUCAACGAAGAAAAUCGAAGACUGGAGAUUUACAACCAAAAAUGACGGGAAGAAAAUCAUAAUCAGAGGAAAUCCUGGUGGGAAAUACACAAAACCGGCAGAUUUCUGGGAUGUAGCUGGACAGCCCUACUUCCUGGCAUUUGCAAAGAGAGAAGAAACUUACAACGAUGAUUCGGAUGAUGAAUAUGACGAUUAACAAAACUGUUUAAAGCAUUUCAGUAUGUUUUUAUAAGUUUGAACAUUAAUCAUGUUAAAAAAGUGUUUUGUUAAAGUGAUAGAUUAGAAUUCGAAACUGUUCUCUUUCGAUGCUUAUAUACGUGUAUCAUACGAAAUUUAUUGUGGUGAAUGUCGAAAAAAUGUUUCUCUAUCUUUAAAACGUAAAACAAUUUCAGCAGAAAUGAAAGUAUUAUUUAUUUCUUAAAAUAUAUGGAUUUCUUCCUUUUAAAAUUGUAUUUUUAUAAAUUGAGUUUUGUGUGAUUAAUGGGAAACAAACACUUAUGUCUCUUACGUACUUACGUAAUUCAAUUAGCUUAAAUUCUAAAAUGGCGUCUAAUCGUAACACAAGUAUGUACUUAAAUUUCAUAUGCAUGUACAAUAUAUGUGUAAUAUUUAUUUGUUUUUUUGAUGUGGGGUUAUCUUUAGUGUUAAAGAAUUUCCUUGAACAAAGUAUGUGUUUUCCAAUUAAUAAAUUGUAUAAUGGAGCCUUUAAUAAUAAUAAAAAUGGUUGGUCUAUUGACUGUCACUUCGCCCGUUUAACAAAUGCAUACACAUGUGCAUAUAGUAGCAUUUAUAAUUCACCUGUACUUUGCAAUGUUUAUGACAUUUCUGAAACUCUCAACUUGUCAUUUAUUGCUAUUGUAUGCAAGAUAUGUGUUCCUUGAAACUCAUUAAUUGUUUUUAUAGUGAAUAAAGCAAGAAAGAUGCAUGGUAUAUUUGGUUUGUUUUUAUUACAUGUAAGCUUGCAAUUUUAAUAUAAUAAUAUUUUGUGUGUAAGUAUUUUGUGCGAAGCCUUGUAGAGAUCUUUUAAAAGUCAUAUUUAUUGCUGUGCAAAUUGUGUUCCAAUCAAAUUGCAAAUUAAAAAAAAGAAAAGAAAAAAAGCAAACGGAAGAUUUUCAAGGUAUGUGGUCUUUGAAAAACCUUAUAUAUUGACUUUGUCAUGCUCUAAGGAUUUAAUAGUUUUUUUUAUAUUUCUAUUUAUACCUUGAAUUUAAUUUGCAAUAUUUCAUAAUUUAAUUUCCGGAUUGUAAAUCAAAGUCAUGAAUGAACAAUCAAUUCCUCCAUUUCUUGUAGUAUACAUUCAGACAUGAUUGGUACGAUAACUUAAUACGUUUAAUAAUUAUAAAUGCAAGAUCUGACACAACAUGUGAUAUGAUGAAUCUUAUAUCACGAAUUAGGUCUGAUUACAAGUAUAAGCAGAUACUUGGAAUUAUUACUGUGUCCUAGCUGAAAGCAUAAUAAUAAUAUUUAAAAAUUGCUACCGUUUUUGUAAUGGAAACGAAAAGGACAUACGGAUUGUUUUUGUGUUGUUGUUUUGUUGUUGUUAUUAGAUCAAAAUCGUUGCCUGAAAUAGAUUCAGAUGGAUCUGAAAAAAAUGGGACGGAAGGCAUAGUCGUUCAACUGAAAGAAUACUCGUUUGACGAACAACCAAAGAUUGAACGGAUAAUUGAGAAGAAUAACUUAACAUAUCAUGAAAAUGGCGAAGUAACGUUAACCAGCUUAAAGGAAAUGGGACCAGCGAUUGAAAGUUGGAAAAAGUUAAAAUUCAACAAAGAUAUGGAACCGCCGCCUUCAGUAGAUUUUUAUGGAUCGAUCGAAGGACACAUGUUUGUGAAAAAUAAAGUCAAUAACGUGAAGUCACCAUCACAUGGUCAAUUUCCCAAUGGCAGCGAUUCAACUUCAUCUGAUAAUCAUCUUAGUAUGCCGCAACUCGCAGCAGAUAUAUCAUACGUUAAAAAAGCCGAGGAACAUGGAAGCAAAACAAAUCCACAAGGGUUAACAAUCACAAUACCACAUUGGCUAAGAUGA